AUGAAGUUGAAAAAAAGCUUGAAAGUGCCAUUCAAAACAAAACAAUUGAAAUCCAUCAAAACAACUCGUUUGCAAAAGAUUACAACUGUUUACAUCAACUUUGGAUUCUGCCUCCUUCUACUGUCUCAUCUGCCCGGCUGCUUACUAUUGGUGCAUAUGUACUGGACUCUGACGAUACUUUCUCUGGCAGUCCUUUGGCUUGCCUAUAGACUAUACGUCUUAGCAAAGGUACCAGUUGAAGAUUUGGUUAAAACAUUAAAGAUAGAGAUUCCAAAAUCAUCCAAGAUAUCAGUUGAUAAUAUUACCAAUGAGAAAGUUCAUAUACAUUGGGAUCAACCCGUAUCUGAACCAAAAGUGACAAGUUUUGUGAUUUAUAUAAAUGGGAAACAGGUUUCAAUAAUUAAUGGAAAUGAAUCAUAUUGUUGUCUGUCAAACUUAUUAUCUGAUACACGUUACAAAAUUGAUUUGAUAUCCAUCAACAGUAAAGGCUAUAAGGCUAAGAGUGAAUCCAUAUAUGUUAAAACAAAAUCAGAUAAACUACAAAAUUAUGGUACAAAUAUCCUGUUGGAAAAUCCAGAGAAUUUGUUUAGACUCUUGACUGAUAGUACCGAUGUCACCACUGUUCAAAAACUUGCCACUUCAUCAGCUUUAUACCCAAAUGGAGAGGCAAAAGUUCCAGGAAGAUCACGUUCUGCUACGGUGUCUUCUGUUAAUGGAACUAACAAUAAUAACAACGGCGGCACAAAUGGUACUGUCAACAACUCAUAUGCUGCAUCAACUACUAGUCUGUUACCAGAUCCAAGAUCUUUGGAUGAUAUUGAAGAACUUAGAUAUUACUUGGAAUCAGGACAGGAAGAACUACAUACAAUUUUGAAUCAACAAGCUCAAGCGCUUGAUGAUUUCCAUGAACAAGAGGCAAUAUUAAUUGAAGAACGAGAUAAAUUGAGAGAACGUAAAAAAUUAGAAGAUGGGAAUAGACAAUCCAUGAAGAGUGAAAUCAAAAUGUUGGAUGAUUCAAGACGUUUAACAGAGUUGAAGAAAUCUAAACAAGAAAAUGCAUUUGCUGCUAAAGAAAAAUCAAUUGAAAAAAUGGAUCAAGAUCUCAUAAAUUGGAAUAUCAAAAUCGAAGGGUUUGAAAAACAAAAAAGUGAACUACUUGAAUCUGAAGAAUCUAUACAUAGUGAAUUAGACAGUGAUAUCUUAAAGAAGAAAGAAAAAAUCAAAUCUUUACAAGAACAAAUUGCUAAAAUUGAUGAAGAUAUCAAAAUUUUCAACUCAAGAAAGAAGCAAAAAGAUCAACUCAAACCACAAUUUAUCAAAAUUUUCAAAUCUUUGGCUGAUCAUACAGAUUCUGUUGGUUGUAUGGAUGCUGAAGGUGUUAAGAGUUUGGAGAUUUUGAGUAACUUGGAUCCUGAAGUCCAUAGUAAACUUCAAAAGGAAAUUGAACUUGAUGCAAAACUUGAAGCUGAAUGGAGAGCUCAACAACAACGUGAAGUUAAUAAUUGUGUUAAAGUCUCAAAAGCUUAUGAACAAGUUAAAUCUGAAAAUGCUGCUUUGAAAAAUCCACUUAAUCCAACAAGUUCUCAUAGCUCAACACCACCAAGUGUUCACUCUCAACCAUCAAGUAUUGUUCAACAACAAAUUCAACAAAUUCAAUUACAACAACAACAGCAACAACAACAGCUACAACAACAACAGCAUAAUAUUUCUUCCGCACAACAUACGUUUCCAUUUACUAUUCCAGGCUCUAAUAUCAAUAACUCAGGAAACUAUAACUACAAUGGUAUUCAAACAGGUAGUUCACCAUCUCUUAACUCAUUCAUCAAUCAACAUAAUCAACAACAACAGCAACAACAACAACAAAAUCCUAAUUUUCCUUCAUCAUCAUUCUGGAACUAUAAUGCAUCUGAUGGAUUUGCUUUCAACACAACAAUGCCAAAUGCAUCACUCAAUCCAAAAGGUGAAGAAGAAGAAGAUGACGAUCUUGAAAGCCCAGUUGCCAAAUCCAAUGCCAAUCAUCUACUGCCAAAAUACCUAAUUGAUGAAGAUGCUGAUUUUAUGAAGUUUGUGAACAAUGUUCAAAAUCAAACACCAUUUGAAAACAACUCAACUGCCAAUAGUGCUAAUCAUAUACCACCACCAUCUAAUUCAUUUGGGCUAGGAAAUGCAUUCAAUGCUCCACUGAAUGACUCGUCAGCAAAUGUGAGUACAAGAGGUAUAUUUCAAGGUGAUUUUGGCGGACUUCAAACACAACCUAGAUUUUCAUUAGAAAAUCCUUCAUCACCACCUCAUUCCUUCAAUGCUGAGUUAUUAUCAACUCAAACAUCACCAUCAAACAAUAAUGAUAUUCGUUCCGUUUUAUCAGGGAAUACUAAUGAGUUCUUACCAAAUACUUUCCAACCUAUUCAACCUUUGAAUCAAGAUCCACAAACACCAAAAGAUCAUAAUAUACUGAGUCCGUUUUCACCAAGAAGACUGUCAAAUGCUCUGGGUUUUGGUAAGAAAAAUAAUGAUGAACAUGAAAUGACUUCUGGAUUCUUAGGAUCUAAAUCAUCAUCACAACAUAGUAAAUUUUUUGGUAAGGCUAAUAAUAAAAGUGAAGAUCAUUCAAAUGAUACUACAACACCAUUAUUUUCAUUUUCAAAUGAGAUUCCAGGAACAUUAGACUCUGUUUGGAAAAGUCCUGGAUUAGGUGGUAAUGCUCAUAAUAGAAAUAUUUCAGUUAAUUCAACUCAUUCAAAUAAUACAAGUUUUGAAAGAGAACAUGGAAUUUCUAAAUUUUUCCCAUCAGGAGUUGCUAAUACAAACAAUAAUGAUACCCAAAAUGUUUCUACUGAUUUCUUAGCUGCACCAGCUCCAAAUGAUUUCAAUCAUGAAUAUAAUGCAUCAAUUUCAUCUGGUGCAAUUUCUGAUGGUACACAUUUUAAUGGCGAUGAAGCUAUGCAAUUAACCAAUACAAACAAAACGUCAAAUACUGCAUCCAUUAAAUCAAUCAAAUCAACUGCAGAUAAUUCAUCAAAUAUUAGUUCAUCUCCAUCAUUUUUCAGAAAGAGUAAAUUUCUGAAUUUUGGUGGUGAUAAAAAUCAAUCACAUGAGAAUAGUUCAUCAAAAACACCAUCACAAAAAAGCUCAACAUUAUUUAAGACCAUAUCACCAACUAAGAGUGAUAAUCCAGUUAUUGAAGAUUCAGAUGUUGAAGACUAUGUUCCAAGUAAUUCAAAUAAUACUACACCAAAGAAACUGUUUUCAAGAAAUAGAAAAAGUUCAUCAUCAAAUAUGCGUAAACAAUCAAAUUCAGGAUCAAAUAGUAUUCAUGAAUCUGAUGUUUCAAAUUUGACUGAUAAUUCAUCACAUUCUAAUAAUUCUAAUUCAAAUGGAGGUGGUAAAUUUCUGGUUAAGAAGUUUUUCGGUGGUAAUAAAAACUCAAAUAAAGAAAGUUUAAAUAAAGAAAUUGAUGACAUCGAUGAACAAGUUGAAGCUGAAGAAUUUGAGAAAUGA